AUGACGCUGAAGGAUCGUUCCCCGGAAGUCAAGUCACUCGAGUCCAGAAGGACAUCAGGCGCCGUAGAUGCUCUUGAGGCUGCACUGUCUGCAGGCACACAAAACGGCGUAGCAGCAGGCAAGGAGCCACAGGGACGCAGUCUGCCAGAGGAUCCUGACAUUGUCUUCAAUGUAGACACCAGUGAGGAGGGAGAAGGCCAGCCGCAAUUACCGGAGACUGCCAUCACAAAGUACCUGACUGAUGUGGUGCUGGAGAUGCGGCAACUCAUUGCUGUAAAUCGCAACUUCAUAUGCUAUGCUCUGAAGCAAGGGCAUGUACGCUUGCUCAGCACCCAGGCCAAUGUGCGAGACCUGAUCAAAGCGCAUGUGCCACCAGUGACUGACAUCCGGUUUCACAGUGCCGCUAUUGAUUUGCUGGCCAGUGCUGACAAGGAAGGCCAUGUCGCGGUCUGGCGCUUGGACGGUGAAGCUGAGGAGGGCAAAAGGGCUGAGCGAGUGCUCUUCCUAACGCUCGGAGAUAUGCUUGGUGAAGGACAGGAGCUUCACUUGGCGUGGCACCCUCAGUCAGACAGCACUCUGGCGGUGACAGUCAGGGACGGUCUGCUGGUUGUUGAUCUGAAAGCCCUUCAGGAAGCCGGCAGCACAGAAGUGGUCUGCGAUCAGAGCACGCUCCCCAGCGGGCUCAGACAUUUGCACAUUGCGUCUGAUCUGCAGCCGUCCACGCUGGACUUUUCCCCUGACGGGCACUUGCUGGCGGCUGGGGCUCCCGAAGGCAAGAUUUACAUUUGGGACACUGCCAGCUCUGCGGCCAGCGCGCCGGUGAGCACCAUAGAGCCAUUUGAGGGGCAGGCGCUGGGGAGCGUCACAUGGGUGCAGCGCGCGGACGGAGGCGCCCCCUGGAUCCUCGCUGGGGACGCAGUCAACCGCGAGCUGCGCCUGUUCCAUGGGGACGUUGCCUCAGGAUUCCACCUGAGGCAGGCUUUGCGGCUGGAGAGCCUGGAGGGGGAGCAGGCCUUCUACAACCACCUGGUGUACCAUGCAGCCUCCAGCCUGAUUGUGCUGGCCAACUCCAGGCGCAGUGCGGUGUAUGCCGUGCACCUGGGGCCCGGGAAGGAGAGCAGCCUGCGCUUUGACUACCUGGCAAAGUUUGGCGUCGGCGUCCCCAUGCUGAGCCUGACAGCAGCGCCACCACCGGACAACGGGCAGGACGCGGUGCAGCUGUUCUGUGUGCAGAAGCAGGGCAUCUCGCAGUGCAGCCUGCACCCGCAGAUGUGCCGCGCACCCGCGGACAAGGCCCGGGCGGCAGCCGAGCCCAACUACAGCGCGGCAUCCGCCAACGCCGGCAUCUCAGGGCCGGCACAGCACCCGCUGUCCUCCGAGGCAGACACCUCUGCCAUGGGCUCGCAGGCAGAGCAGGUAGUGGAGAGCAGGCAGCUGAGCUCCACGAACGACACCCCAUCCCCUCGAACGUCCAUUGCAGCACCCGAUGCGACGGUGGCAGGCAGCUUGCCGGCAGGCGAGACAUCAUCGCCAGCGGCGGCUGCGUCAGCCUCCCUGCCACUGCCGCUGCCUCCCCCGGUGACCACGCCGCCUGCAGCGGCAGUUCCGCAGCCGCGCCUGCUCACCCCCAAGCAGCUCAUCAAGCUGGCUGGCAACCGCACCGCCUCCCAGGGCUCCUCUACCAGCACAGACCUGCACACCCUGCGCACAGGCGACAGCCCAGGACCUGGGCCCCCGCCGCCCCCGUCUGCCGGGCUGCGCUCGCCGUCCACCCCUUUCACAGCCUACAGCACGCCCCCGGCCGCCGCCUACCCUCCGCCAGAGACGGCGGGCGACGCAGCUACCUCCGGCACACCGAAGGGCGGCCUUAACGGCGUCCAUGUGGGGCCUGCCAAGAUCCUCAAGCGCCGCAAGGAGGGAGAGCGCCCAGAGGACGUCUCAGACGCAAGGGUGUCAGAGGGGCCCAUCCCACUGCCGGCAGGCGCUGAGCCCAAGCCUGAGGGAGCUGUGGAUGCUGCGCCACGAGCAGCAGGGAAGAAGACGCCUGAGCCUCAGGGGAAAGGCCCAUCACAAACACCCCCGAGGCCCGCUGCUGCAGAGAGCAGCAGCAUGGGAGCGGAGGCUGUACUGCUGCGCAUCGAGGCCAUGCACAAGAAGCUUCUUGCCCAGCAGAUGGCAGCGCAGGCCAACACCCUAAAGGGCCUGAAGGAAGACAUGCGCAAGGAGACCAAACGAAUUGAGGCGACCACUCAGGCGCAGGUGAACAGGCUGGUACAGAAGCAGGCGGAGACGAUAGAGGCGGAGCGCACGGUGCUGAUGGCGGAGCAGCACAAGGACCUGGAGAAGCUGAUAGCCGCCAUCUCGGCCUCUGUCAACCGCGACCUGCCGCUGCGCAUCGAGGAGAUGAUGCGCCGCGAGGUGGCCGGCCUGGGCGGCAGCGUGGCCGGCACCUUGGCCGGCAGCCUGCGCUCGCUUGGGGCGCUAGAGAAGGCGUUGGGGACGCAGCUGCGCACGGCGCUCACAAAGAGCCUGCAGGACAGCUUCCGCAGCACCUUCCAGAGCACCCUCAUCCCUGCCUUUGAGAGCGCCUGUCAGACCAUGUUCUCCCAGGUCCAGGCGACGUUUGCUGGCGGGCUGGCGGAGCAUCUGCAGGCUGCGGGCGGAGCCAACGCGGCAGUGGUGGCCUCGCUGAGGGAGAGCGCCAGCCGCGUGGGCACCGCAGCCGACGCGCUGUCCAGCCAGGUGUCCGAGGGGCAGCGCCGCCUCUUGCAGCUGGCCGAGGAGGCCGCCACAGGCGGGUCCCGGCCGAGGCUGCAGGCGCUGACGGUGUCUCAGAUCGAGGCUCGCGUGGAAGACCCCACCAUCGCACUGAUGAAGCUCCUGAAAGAGAACAAGUAUGAGGAGGCAUUUGGGCGGGUGCUGGACAUGGCGGACGUGGGCAGAGUGACUUGGCUGUGCCAGCAGCUGGAUGCGGCGGAGCUGCUCAACCAGGAGCCGCUGCCCCUCAGCCAGAGCGUGCUGCUCUCCCUCAUGCAGCAGCUCGGCAGCGACCUCGCCAGGGAUACGGGCAUCAAGCUGCAGUGGCUGAAGGAGGCGGCGCCGGUGCUGGACCCCAAUGACACCAUGCUGGCGCCCCACAUGCGCCAGAUCCUUCAGCAGCUCUUCAGCGCGCUGCAGGCAUGCCAGUCGGGGGCCGCGCCCAGCGAUGCGCGCGCAUGCCGCCAUGUCAUCCACCUCGUCAACUCCCUGCUGCACCAGUGUCACUGA